GACAAAACUUAGAAGAACAACAUUGAAUCCCAUCAUGCUUUGCCGUACCCGCCGACCCGAACACCUCCAAUGCGAAGCUAACAGGCGUUAGCUACCGGGAGCGGACAUGUUGUACCGACCCUUUCUUUAAUAAACAUCGCUGUAAGCGGGGAACCGGGAAUUUAAGGGAAGGCUCGGAGCGUCUGGCAAUCAUGGAUGCCGUCAACGCCUUUAACCACGAGUUAUUCUCAUUGAUGGACUCCAAACCCCCAAUAUCUCGGGCAAAGAUGAUCUCCAUCACCAAAUCUGCCAUCAAAGCAAUGAAACUUUACAAACAUGUGGUCCAGAUUGUGGAAAAGUUUAUAAAAAAGUGUAAGCCUGAGUAUAAGGUAGCAGGCUUAUAUGUGGUGGAUUCCAUUGUUAGGCAGUCCAGACACCAGUUUGGACCUGACAAGGAUGUGUUUGGACCAAGGUUCACCAAAAACAUUACAGGAACUUUUGAGAACCUCUGCCUUUGCCCCGUGGAAGACAGGAGUAAAAUUGUGCGGGUGUUGAACCUGUGGCAGAAGAAUGGGGUGUUCAAGAUUGAAGUUAUUCAGCCCCUCUUGGACAUGGCAGCUGGCUCUGGCAGUGGUGCUGCACCCAACACAGGCGCAGAUGAGCCAGGUUCUCCUCCACCUCCAGCCAAAGAGCCAGUUACAGUGGUAACGGCAAACUCCACCAUGAUACCUGCUGCUCAGCUGCACAACUCUGAUGCCUUUGCUGCCGUGGCACAGCUCUUCCAGUCCUCACAGGGUCAGCAGCUCCAACAGAUGCUGCAGAACUUUCAGCAGCAGCCAGUGAAGCCAGAGACCAACACCCAGCCUCCACCGCAGAUUAUUCAACCACAGGCCCCAAAUGUUUCUGCUGGACUGGGCAUGGUCACGCCACAACCUCCCCUUCCCUCCCAGCCCGCCCAACUAACCCAGCCUGCCCAGCAGAAGACGGCCUUUGACAAGAAAUUGCUGGACCGUUUUGAUUAUGAUGAUGAACCAGAAGUUGGAGAAGAAACAAAGAAGGAUGAAAUCUCCUCUCAGCCCCCCUUUAUGCAGCAGCCUCCAGCCUUUCCACAGCACAUGGAUCACUUUAAACCACAGAUUAAUAUACCACAGGACAUCUCACAGCAGGUUCCUCUUCCUCCUAAUGGGCAGCUCCAGGUCCACGGUUUACCACCAGGACAGAGCUUUCCUGCUGCGAUGCCUCCUAUGGGCCACAUGCUGUCAGGGAUGUCCCUCUCUGGUUCUUCUGGGCCUCCAGGCUUCCCUGGGGUUUACCAUCACCAGAAUGCAGCCCAGCAACAACAGGAUUUGCCAAUGGAUGUGGACCAUUCAUCCAUGAGAGAUGGCAGACAUGGCCGAAGAUCACACUCAGGCUCCAGAUCUCCAAAGCGAAGGAGAUCACGGUCCAAUUCUCGUACACGUCGAUCCAGGCACAGGCGAUCCCGCUCACGCUCCAGGGAUCGGCGUCAUCACUCACCUCGCUCACGCUCGCAGGAGCGCAGAGAGAGAGAGAAGGAGAGAGAGAGACGGCAGAAAGGUCUUCCACCAAUUAAGAGCGAGACAGUCAGCAUUUGCAGCACUACUCUCUGGGUAGGCCAGCUGGACAAGAGAACACAGCAGCAAGAUGUCGCCUGUUUACUCGAGGAGUUUGGGCAGAUAGAGUCCAUCAAUAUGAUCCCUCCACGUGGCUGUGCUUAUAUUGUUAUGAUACAUAGGCAAGAUGCCUUCAGGGCUCUACAGAAGCUCAGCAGGGGAACAUUCAAAGUUAACCAGAAAGCCAUUAAGAUCGCUUGGGCUUUGAACAAGGGCAUAAAGGCUGACUAUAAGCAGUACUGGGAUGUGGAGCUGGGUGUCACCUACAUACCUUGGUCUAAAGUCAGAGAGGACCAGUUAGAGGAGCUUAAAGAAGGAGGAAUGCUCGAUGUGGACACUUUAUCACCAGAGUGGAGUGGCACGAGGAAGGCUCUCGACCACCCAGAGGAACUCACUCACAACGGCCGUUCAGAGCAACAGCAGCCUGAGGAGACACAAGCUGUACCUGUACCCGCCCCAAGUGCUCCUAUACAGGUCCCUCCAAUGCAGCAGCCAAUGGUUGGUGUGGGUUCUCUCCAACCUCCUGUCUUUCCUGGGCCUAUAGGCAUGCCUCCACCUUCCUUCCCUCCGGGUGUCCCGCCGCCUCCUUUCAUCAGGCCUGGCUUCAACCCCAUGCAAAUGCCUCCAGGUUUUCCUCUCCCUGGUGCUAUGCCUCUUGGUCCCCCUCCUCCUUCUAAAACUGGAGUUGAGGACCCCCCUCUAGACCCAGCAGGUCUGGGAAACCGGAAAAAUGACGAGGCCCUCGAGGCUCCCAACAUCUUUAAUAAUCAGAUGGGAUCUAUGGUUAACCAGGUAGGCUUGCCUCCAGGUGGACCUCUGGGUGCUCCUCCAGGCGGACAUCUAGGUGUUCCUCCAGGUGGACCUCCAGGUGCUCCUUCAGGUGGACCUCCAGGUGCUCCUCUGGUGGGGCCCCCAGGCGGCCAUCCCGGCAGCAUUCCACCCCCCUCAGGUGGUCUUCUAGGGGCACGGCCUGGUUUGAUUCCCCUCCAGCGUCCUCCUGUUCCCCCACCAACACACAUGCAGCGUUUCCCACCACCCCAUGGCUCAAGGCCACCUCACCCCGGCAUGCCCCCCAUGCCUCCACAGAUGAUGCCCAGGGGGCCACACCCUCAAAUGAUGCAGCACCAUGAACCACCUCCGCCUAAAGGAGCCUUUGGGAUGCCCCUGCCACACAAUUUAAGGGCUCCUUUCCCUCAUGGGCAUGGCCCCCCUCCUCAGGGUCCACCUCUUUUUACCCGACCAGGCGGUCCUCGGAGUCUAGAGGGGCCAGAAGAAAUGGAUAGCAGACCAUUCAGGGGAGACAGGCCUGGUUUCAGGGACAGAGAGCUAGAGAGGGACAGAGACUGGGAUCGAGAUAGGGAAAGAGACAGGGAAAGAGGUUUUGGAGGUGGCAGGCGUCCAUUUGGCGAUGGAGGGAGAGGAGCAGGUGGUGAUAAAAUGGAUGGUAGGGACAGGCUUGGAGGAUGGCAGGAAGAUGGAGGCGAUCACCGGGGUGGAGGAUGGGAGAGAGACAGAGACCGAGAUCGUGACAGGGAUCGCGACCGGGAUCGAGAACGAGAUCGGGACAGAGACAGGCGGGACUGGAGGGAGAGGCGAAGCAGCCUCGAUAGCGACAGGGAACGUGCCAGGGGCGAUGAUGGAGAUAGAGAGCGAGCGAGGGGGGAGGGAACAGAACGAGGAAGUCGUGAGAGAGGCAAAGGAGCCGAGGCAAAAGGAGACAGGCCAAGGCGGUCAGAACGGCGUGAGAGGGCCACACGCUGGGACAAAGAUGACCGUUUAGCCGAACUGGAAAACGUGGACAGAUUUCGGACCCCUAACAGUACAGAGCAACCUUGCGUGACCCCUGAGGUUACCAAGGAAACCAGUAAGGAGCCAGGUGUGGAAGCUUCUGAAAAGAAGCCAGAAUCAGAACUUAUAGCUCCGCCUCCAGAGGGAACUGCUUCUACAGGAGAAGCGGCACCCUCUGAGCCGGCUCAAAGUGAACCCACAGAAGCAAACGAGGAGGCUGCAUCAUAGACUGCUGUGAACCACUGAUGGAUAGGAACGUGUCUCUGCCAUGAUAGUCAGUCUGUUCUUGGCAGACUGAUUCAAACUAAUCACAGUUUGUUCGUCACUGACUGACAGUUUCUGGGCAGUAAGUCGAAAAGAUCUCCCACAAAUGUUGUUAAGCUUAUGAAAAUUGAUGUCGUUAGGCUUCACGUGUCAAAAUUAGGCCUGUGUUUCAAAACAAGUGAAAAUCACUUUGGAUAAAUGGCCGUAGUUUUUCUCUUUCCUGCAGGUUAUAAGAACGGACAGUGUUUGCAUGCUCAUGUAGCUCUAUUUGUUUUUGCUGUAGUUGGUUUGCCAACGAAGAAAACGACUGAUUUGUAUGACACAUUUCUUUUACUUCACGCCCCUAAUUUACUGGAAAAAAGGAUGUUUUCAAAGAUGUAAAUGGUAUUGUUUUAGAUUGUUUUUAAAUUUGCCAAAUUGUCAUCAUGUCAAACACUGAAUAACUUUUUCAAGCAACUCCAUUAUACCUAGGCUUUUUUGUUUGUUUGUUUUAUUAAUUAUCUCGUUGCUUUUUUGUGUUCUAAAUUCUCAUUGCAUUUUCACAUCCAGGAAGGCACAGGUUUGAAAGGAGUUGUUGUGGCCUUAAAAUCAAAUUCAGUUACUUGCAGGGCUUGCAAUUUAAAAAUAAGGAAAAGGAAAAAAAGAAGACAAAUGGAAAAUACAAACUCCUUGAUGUUUGGGUAAUAUACACUUUGAGUUAGACGUUGGAAUAAUAACACAGCCCUUCUUUGAGUUAUGUCCCCACUUUCUGCCUGUUGAAUCACAUCAGUAAGAAUAAAAACAGAGCUUUAGUGCAAUAACUGAUGAUUUUGUGAAAUAUACCGUAUCCUUAAAAAGUCACAGCAUAACAGUUUUUUUAUAUUACUUUUAAAGACAUGCUAGUACAGGAUCUCUUUAAAAAAACAAACAUAAAACUUGUUGAACUGUAUCGUCACAACAUCGCUGAUCCCAGUGUGUUAGCUCUCAAAAUCUUUUAUUGUGUUUGGAUUUGAUUAUAUGAUACAAACCUGUAUAACCGGUCAUAACCAAGAACCUAAACUAUAACAGAGGCAGUAUAAAUCUAUAAUAAAAUCUGUAAAGUAGAUUAAGCUUGAUAUUGACAUGAGGUCAAUAAAAGCCCGAGGUUGGCUUUGUUUUGGUAGUCAGAGUGAUCUGAACAUUCAGAAAUUGUCUUGCUUAAAUAAAAGUCCUUUGCGAGCAAAUCAACGUGUCACCUUGAAUAACAGAUCAUCAAAAGUAGAAACAAAGAAGACGCUACUGGUAAAGUUAAGAAUUAUACUGCCUGCCAAAUUUUGAAAACAAUGUUUGCACCAUAAAGUUGUGCAAGUAAAAUGCCACUGAAAACGUUAUCUCUCCC